UCAGCAGCAGCCGGAGAAUUUCUAUUGAUUUACCCGGACCAGAGCUGAAAGUCGGUGCGGAAUAAAGGGCAAAGAAAAAAAGCUGCGGAUCAGAUUUUCUUCAGAUUCGUCCUGACUUCCUGUACUGUCGACAAAAAUUCGAUUUGACAAGAUGAGACUUCAGGUGAGGUUUAUCAGCGGCGAUGGUUUCGACCUUGAUGUCGACCCUUCCAUUCAAGUGUCGACUCUCAAGAUGAAAAUCCAGGAAAAGACCAAGGUGCCCAUUUUCCAACAGCGUCUGAUGGUGCAAAAUGGCCAAAGCGUGGAGAUGCAAGACCAGAGAAGUCUGAGCUACUACAACCUCAACCCCAGCCCCACCGUCAUGUUGCUGGUCACGAAAGAGGAAUCCAUGCAGAUAUUUCUCCGGAAUGACAAGGGGAAAACCUCGACGUACGACGUGAUGCCUUCUGAGUCCGUGCAGAAGUUUAAAGCGCGGGUCCAUCGUCAGGAGGGGGUCAGACCCGACCAGCAGCGCCUGGUUUACGAGGGCAGACAGUUGGAGGAUGGGCGAUUGCUCUCCGACUACAACAUCAGACCACAAACCACCAUCAUGUUGGUUAGCAAAGAGGAAUCCAUGCAGAUAUUUCUCCUGAAUGAAAAGGGGAAAACCUCGACGUACGAUGUGAUGCCCUCUGAGUCCGUGCAGAAUUUUAAAGAGCGGGUCCAUCGGCAGGAGGGGGUCAGACCCGACCAGCAGCGCCUGGUUUACGAGGGCAAACAGUUGGAGGAUGGGCGAUUGCUCUCCGACUACAACAUCAGACCACUAACCACCAUCUCUCUGCUGCUCCGGCUACGUGGAGGUAAGGUCACCUGUGCCAAACAGGUCAAAGGGGUGGGAUGUCUGGAGAUGCCGAUCCGUGGUUUCAGGCUCAGAGCUUUCGUCGCCAGGAAGACGGAGGGCGGGCGGGGGACUUUAUUGAAAAGUCGGAAUAUCCGCUGCACCGCGAUGAGAGUUCAGGUGAAAUUUAUGACUGGUGAGGGUUUCGGACUUGAUGUCGACCCUUCCAUUCAAGUGUCAACUCUCAAGAUGAGAAUCAAGCAAAAGACCAAGGUGCCCAUUUUGCAACAGCGUUUGAUGGUGCAAAAUGGCCAAAGUGUGGAGAUGCAGGACCAGAGAAGUCUGAGCUACUACAACCUCAACCCCAGCCCCACCAUCAUGUUGCUGGUCAGGAAGGAGGAAUCCAUGCAGAUCUUCCUCCGGAAUGACAAGGGGGAAACCACGACGUACAACGUGAUGCCCUCUGAGUCUGUGCAGGGUUUUAAAGAGCGGGUCCAUCGGCAGGAGGGGGUCAGACCCGACCAGCAGCGCCUGCUCUUUGGGAGUAACCAGUUGGAGGAUGGCCGGUUGCUCUCCGACUACAACAUCGAGCCUCAAAGCACCAUCAUUCUGCUACUCCGACUUCGUGGAGGUUAA